AUGGAUAAUCUAUAUCAACUCGGCCUCAGGUCUCAGACCAUAGUUGGUGCAUGUCAUUUCUUGUUCUUUUUGUUCUCCUGGCCAUUUGUAAUUGGUUUCCUGAAGGACUACCAUGACAAGGACAGGCUGACAUUUAACUGUAUCCCCAAACCUAACGACUUCACUAGACAACGUUGUUAUGACAACUACACUUCUGCUGUGAGUCCAGGUUUAACUCCAUUGGAUUUUGCUGGUAUGAACUAUGGUGCGCUAGGAUUUCUCUGGUUGUUUUUUAUACUUAUGGGUGCCAUGACUCUACGACGGAUUCACAGAGAGCGAAGUGAACAAGGGAAAACAAACCAGUGGAAAACGUUCAUGAGGAGAUUCGUUUAUCACGUUUGCGCUCAGCUUGUUGUUCUCAGUGUCAUGAUGGGGCUGUUCUGUGCCUACCAGACCAUCCACUUUCCUUCAGAGUACAAAUGCUAUCAGAAAAACAUGACGCUCACUUCAUUCAACCAAAGGCCGGUUAAUAUGACAUGCAAUGACUUACGAUACAAAGAGAAAUCAAAACUAAACAUUGCUAUCAUUGUCAUUAUGGCAAUUUCUAUUGUGUUCUGUUUAUUGACCCUUAUUCACUUAGGAGUAACAAGACGAACAGGCCAGCCAUUGUCAGAACAUCUCGUGGGAGACAUUUUUGAAAGGGAAGAUGGAAAUGCGGAAAGGGUUACUUUAAGAGGUGAGGACAUUUAGAUAAGUUGGGAAAAUGAACCAGUUUCAGCGAACUUUAAUUCGAUAUUGCAAGGAAAGACGUAAAUGAGUUACAUUGCUCUUUUUCAGUUUAUUUCUGGGGUAUUGUGGGGACGACGUAGGGGGAUAGGUUCGGUUUUCAAGAAUUAGAUACCAAAUAUGGAUAAAUUUUUUUUUUUAAUUGGCCUCUAUAAAAGCGAUUAGGACGAUUAGCCCGUGCACAGCCGCCCCUCCCCUCAAACAAAAUCAAGAAGGGGGCUGCUGUACAUUGGCUGUAAGGGGAGCAAAGUUUGUCUGCAGUUUGUUUAACGAAGUAAGUAAUUGAUGCACUCCCUUGGCUUUUUCAUACUGCACAGUUUAGGCCACGUAUCUACAAAACUAGCCUGAAUUUCAUCCGAUUACUUCGUGUCGUUAUUACUCCCUUAGUAACGUCUGAAUCGACCGGCCGUUAAAUGCUGUUCAGUCACGUCACUACUCCUCUGCUUUAAUUCAUGCAAAAAGUUUAGAAACAAGUGAAAAACCAAAAAAUAUCGUUUGGAAAUGUCUGCAUCAUGCAUGAUACAGGCGUGAUCCAUAAUCAAACUCGGUCGCAAUCACGCAAUGAAAUAAAUACACACACGGAACACUUAGUUCAAAAACACAACGAUUUGCUUUCAUUGAAAAGAAGCUAUUUGGUCCGUAACGGAGAAAAAAAAAACAAGGAAACAAACCAGUGGAAAACGUUCAUGCGGAGAUUCGUUUAUCACGUUUGCGCUCAGCUUGUUGUUCUCAGUGUCAUGAUGGGGCUGUUCUGUGCCUACCAGACCAUCCACUUUCCUUCAGAGUACAAAUGCUAUCAGAAAAACAUGACGCUCACUUCAUUCAACCAAAGGCCGGUUAAUAUGACAUGCAAUGACUUACGAUACAAAGAGAAAUCAAAACUAAACAUUGCUAUCAUUGUCAUUAUGGCAAUUUCUAUUGUGUUCUGUUUAUUGACCCUUAUUCACUUAGGAGUAACAAGACGAACAGGCCAGCCAUUGUCAGAACAUCUCGUGGGAGACAUUUUUGAAAGGGAAGAUGGAAAUGCGGAAAGGGUUACUUUAAGAGGUGAGGACAUUUAGAUAAGUUGGGAAAAUGAACCAGUUUCAGCGAACUUUAAUUCGAUAUUGCAAGGAAAGACGUAAAUGAGUUACAUUGCUCUUUUUCAGUUUAUUUCUGGGGUAUUGUAGGGACGACGUAGGGGGAUAGGUUCGGUUUUCAAGAAUUAGAUACCAAAGAUGGAUAAAUUUUUUUUUAAUUGGCCUCUAUAAAAGCGAUUAGGACGAUUAGCCCGUGCACAGCCGCCCCCUCCCCUCAAACAAAAUCAAGAAGGGGGCUGCUGUACAUUGGCUGUAAGGGAAGCAAAGUUUGUCUGCAGUUUGUUUAACGAAGUAAGUAAUUGAUGCACUUCCUUGGCUUUUUCAUACUUCACAGUUUAGGCCACGUAUCUACAAAACUAGCCUGAAUUUGAUCCGAUUACUUCGUGUCGUUAUUACUCCCUUAGUAACGUCUGAAUCGACCGGCCGUUAAAUGCUGUUCAGUCACGUCACUACUCCUCUGCUUUAAUUCAUGCAAAAAGUUUAGAAACAAGUGAAAAACCAAAAAAUAUCGUUUGGAAAUGUCUGCAUCAUGCAUGAUACAGGCGUGAUCCAUAAUCAAACUCGGUCGCAAUCACGCAAUGAAAUAAAUACACACACGGAACACUUAGUUCAAAAACACAACGAUUUGCUUUCAUUGAAAAGAAGCUAUUUGGUCCGUAACGGAGAAAAAAGAAAACAAGGAAACAAACCAGUGGAAAACGUUCAUGAGGAGAUUCGUUUAUCACGUUUGCGCUCAGCUUGUUGUUCUCAGUGUCAUGAUGGGGCUGUUCUGUGCCUACCAGACCAUCCACUUUCCUUCAGAGUACAAAUGCUAUCAGAAAAACAUGACGCUCACUUCAUUCAACCAAAGGCCGGUUAAUAUGACAUGCAAUGACUUACGAUACAAAGAGAAAUCAAAACUAAACAUUGCUAUCAUUGUCAUUAUGGCAAUUUCUAUUGUGUUCUGUUUAUUGACCCUUAUUCACUUAGGAGUAACAAGACGAACAGGCCAGCCAUUGUCAGAACAUCUCGUGGGAGACAUUUUUGAAAGGGAAGAUGGAAAUGCGGAAAGGGUUACUUUAAGAGGUGAGGACAUUUAGAUAAGUUGGGAAAAUGAACCAGUUUCAGCGAACUUUAAUUCGAUAUUGCAAGGAAAGACGUAAAUGAGUUACAUUGCUCUUUUUCAGUUUAUUUCUGGGGUAUUGUGGGGACGACGUAGGGGGAUAGGUUCGGUUUUCAAGAAUUAGAUACCAAAUAUGGAUAAUUUUUUUUUUAAUUGGCCUCUAUAAAAGCGAUUAGGACGAUUAGCCCGUGCACAGCCGCCCCCUCCCCUCAAACAAAAUCAAGAAGGGGGCUGCUGUACAUUGGCUGUAAGGGGAGCAAAGUUUGUCUGCAGUUUGUUUAACGAAGUGAGUAAUUGAUGCACUCCCUUGGCUUUUUCAUACUUCACAGUUUAGGCCACGUAUCUACAAAACUAGCCUGAAUUUGAUCCGAUUACUUCGUGUCGUUAUUACUCCCUUAGUAACGUCUGAAUCGACCGGCCGUUAAAUGCUGUUCAGUCACGUCACUACUCCUCUGCUUUAAUUCAUGCAAAAAGUUUAGAAACAAGUGAAAAACCAAAAAAUAUCGUUUGGAAAUGUCUGCAUCAUGCAUGAUACAGGCGUGAUCCAUAAUCAAACUCGGUCGCAAUCACGCAAUGAAAUAAAUACACACACGGAACACUUAGUUCAAAAACACAACGAUUUGCUUUCAUUGAAAAGAAGCUAUUUGGUCCGUAACGGAGAAAAAAGAAAACAAGGAAACAAGAAAGAAAAGCUAACAGAAUUAUUACACUUGACGCGGGGGGGAGGGGGUGAAAAUUAAUGGCUAGAAGAGGAAUCUAAAUAUUUGUAUAAUACAGUGGCGGAUCCAGACCUUCAAGGGGAGGGGGGGGUCAUCUAGACCCUGGGAUAAGGAGGGGGCCGGGUCUCAAAAAGAAAUUAUUUUCGGGCCAUCGGGCCUCAUUUUAGUCUAAAAAUAAGGAGGGGGCGGGCCCCCCGUGCCACUCCCUUAGAUCCGCCACUGAUAUUUAACAAUUAUUCUUUGAAAUCGAGGUGAAUAGUGGCAAAAUAUUCCCAAAGCCACUAUUCACCGAGAUUGAGAAGAACAAGACGCCUAAAGUCGUUUCCGCGGGAUGCGUUGGUCUGUGGACGCAUAAUGGCGUUCUAUCUGAAUUUGGAACUGAAUUAGGGAAACCGGAAAGAUGUGUCAUGUUAUGAGCAUCGAUGAGUAGGUUACCUGUAUGGGUUGGUUUAAUGUGCUUAUGACUGAAUUUAUAGUAGCCUGCGUGACAGGCCACUAUUUCUCCCCAAUCCACAUCCCUUCCCUAUCCCCUACCCCUUUCGACACCUGCUACGCAAGCUAAAUUUAUAGUUGUCAGUGGUCGCAAGGAUGGAGUUGAUCUUGUUUUGAUCUAUCGCUAUGUAGUUAUUUUCAUAGCACGAUUUGGAUAAGAAAAAUAAGUUAUUUUGCAUCAAAACGAAGUUUACCUGUGUAACUUAAAUUGGAAUGUUGAGGGAAACAAGUAAUGGAGAACAUGCGCAUAAUGCUCUCUGAUUAACCUGAACAGGAACUAUAUGUAUAAAGAUACGUCAUAUCUUGGUAGUAAGGAGCCACAGGUAACUUUUUCAAAGAGAAAUAAACAUUGUAGUUUUAGGUUAAUGGCACAAAACAAAACAAAACAUCCGCUUGCUUUAUCCAGGGUCGAACCCACGGUUUCAAAGUUCGAUAAAGUUCCAAUGUUUUAAUCCAAGAUGAAAGUUUAAUAUUCCAAGAUGCUCUUGAUACGGUUAAAAAUUAAUUGCAAUGUGUUUCCAAGGUCUCAAAGUUAACAUUGCAAUGAUUAUCCCUGAUUCCAAGGUAUAAUAAGUUUACUAAGGUCCUGAUCCGUGUCCCAUCCAGAAGUCCAAUCCAUGCCGAAAGCUAGUCGUCGAUCGACGAGGACAAUAUUUUCGCGAUUUCACCGUCAAUCGUCAAGGGUACGAGUUGAAAUUUACGCGAUUUAACCUCCCAUCGUCAAGGUGUUUUCCAUAAGAAAAGAAAAAAACUGAACUUGAGCUGUGCUCGGCAAAAACUGGCGAACUCCGAAUAGAAAAAUCUAUCGGAAAUCACGGCCCGCAACCGAACGCUGCUAAAACCUUAUGAAAAGGUUAGACCUAAACAAAAAAGAAUCAUGAAGGAAAGAAAUAAUUUGGCUUAAGUCGCCUUUCGUGACUUGUCAGUAUCCCGAAGGAUUUCGCUGGUUAACAAGCCAUCCUAAACCACGAGUGGGAAAACUCAAGCGCGACAAGUUUGGCAAGGAAAGUUCUGAUUUCAACGUUCUUCAGAGGAAGCAAAUCGAUUAAAAAUCGAUACAGAUUUUGUACAAUCUGAUUGGUCGGCUUGGAAGAAGAGAUAAUCGAUAAAGAUUUUAGGCAAUCCUAUUGGCUGGCUUUGCAAUUUUGGGUACAACCGAACCGGAUUUUUACCGUGGGAGUGCCACAGGCAUCCCACGGAAUAAUUGUUUUAGUAUAUACGAAGUGAUCUCAACAAAAUCAGAAAGGAAACCAUUCAAAAGUAGGAUUUGAUUGACAGAUCAAAUCACGCGUAAGUUUAAAAAUAGAUCUUUGCAGAAUUUUCAAACAUGGCAAUUCACAAGUUUACUCAUUUCGCAAACAACAGCGUAAUGGCUUCAAUGGAAUCGCUAAAAGUUUGAACUGUUUCCUUACCUGAGAAAAAAAGUAGAGCUGUGUUGUUUUCUGUUGACUCGCCAAGUUUAUAGCCAAAAGGGCAUGUUGUGUCGUUCUUCGCAUGAAGUGCUGACAAAAAUGGCAGCUCGGUUGCUCGAGGUAAGAGGUCGUCUUCCUGUAUCAUUCUUUUUCCUGUUUACUUGAAAUGUAGAAUUUCUGCAAACAUUUCCUUUUAAAUUUGUUUGUCAUAAAUAAACUUCGAUUUUUGAGCCAAAAUUUUCUUCUUAGAAAACGCUGAGUUCACGAAACGGCUUCUUCUACGCGAAUACACGGGAGUUGUAAACAAUCCAUCGAGCACAAAACUCCUGCUACAGUAAAUUGAAAAACGCCGUAUUGAAUCCUUCCAAGUCUUUUCUUGCCUUGAAAAAAGUCAGCCCUAGGAUUUUGUCGACUUUUAAAAGAUCGUUCUCUAAAAAAAACGGGAAAAACACCGAGCUCACACAUUAUCCACUCGCUAGGAGGUGAAUAUUGUUGAAUAGUCCGAGAUAGCGAACCAAUCAGAUUGCUUAAAUCACCAAGAUCACUGAGUGUGUAUAUACUAAAUAUAUUUAGUAUAUACACACUCAGUGAUCUUGGUAAUUCAAGCAAUCUGAUUGGUUAGCUAUCUCGGACUAUGACGUUAUAUUCACCGCGCUAGGCGGUGAAUAUAAAGCCGAACAAAAUCGCUGUCGUGAACUGGAUGUUUUGUCAAAGUUUCAAAGUAGAACCUUUUUGAAAAUACACGAAUAUCCAAGUGCUGAUGACUUUGAAGGCAAGAAAAGACUUCAUGGUGUUUAAACAGCGUGAUUUAUUGUGAAGUGGUUUACUUUAGCUGACUUUUUGUACGCUCGAAGCUAUGUUUACCACUACAGAGGAAAACGAGGUCGCUUUGUCACUGUUUUGUGAUUUCGGGAUUUUCUCGCGAGACCAAUUUUGCCUAUAAAUGGGAGUUAAUUUAUGGAGAAGAGAGGAAGGCAAAUAUUUUCGAAAAUUGUACGUGCCAGCAAGCUAACAAGGCAAAGAACUUUGGAGAUAAACAACGCUCACCUUGAUCGCAGCCGCUGUUGACAGCAUUUGCAAGAAGCGACGAAGAAAACUUUCUCAUUCACGGUGAGUUGACAGAAACAAAUAAAGCUCUAGAUACUUUUCUUCUCAGAAUUGGGUAGUAAUUUAAAUUUUCGGCGUUUUCUUUUAAACCGUUGAUGCUAAAGCUUACAAAACUCGAUACAAAAGUAUUAAAACUAUCAUUUGCCAUGUUUGAAGAUACUGUAAAGAUCAAACUUUUGCGCAUCCACUGUUUACGGCUUCGUGUUCACGCAUGAAUUUUCACCCGUCAAUCAAACUAAUCGUUUUUUAAUGGUUUCCUUUCUGAUUCUGUUGAGAUGACUUCGUGUGAAUAUACUAAAACACUUAUUCACCUCAGGCUCAGUUAAUAUUGUUGAAUAAUCCCCGAGACGAAUAUUCAACAAUAUUAACUGAGCCUUCGGCGAAUAAUUGUUAAAUAUCAAGGGCCUCGUGUUCUUUUGGUUCCUAGGCCAGGGUUGUUCUUUCAUCGACUACUUCAACGUUUUCCAAUAUGGUGCUUUUUUAACUUGCUGCUUUUUAUCUUUUUCUCAGCGGUGAAUAGCUAUUCGGUGGCAAUGAAAGCGUCAGCCAAGGAACAAACGGAAUUUCAGCGCAAACUGUUUGAUCAGGCACCCUCUAUUUCUUGCAUGAGAACGGAUGACAUAUUCACUAAUCUUCUUAUUCAACAUGGACGAAAGGCCGUUGAAGAUGACGAGAAUGUUGACAGAAGUGAUCGCUUAACUCGUUACGGUCAAGUAAGCGGCAGACGAAUCGAGCAAUGUAGUGAAAUAUUUAUUCGCUCUACAAACGAUGAUGGUAAUCCUAAAUCUAUUCUUGUCACUGGAAAAGCGGGGAUUGGGAAAACUCUCUUUUGCCAAAAGCUGCUUCGAGACUGGGCUGAUAACAGAUUAUUUCAGACACAAACGGAUCUGCAAUUGCCCGAUUUUAAGUUUGCGUAUUUGUUAACAUUCAGGAACUUGAAUUUACUUGUUGACGAGGAAUUGACUUUGAAAGAAAUUUUAGAGCGCUGUUCCUUUUUGGACGACCAAUGCCUACGCACGUUUCCUUUGGAAUAUAUCCUCGAUCAUUCCGAGGAGGUCUUGAUUAUUAUUGACGGUUUUGACGAGUAUUCUAAGCAAGGACAAGAUUAUAUUGCCGGUGACUGCCAUGAAGAAUAUCCGAAUUGCUCUGAACGGAAAAUGAAGGUCGCCGCACUUUGUGCCAAACUAAUUAGAAAGAAAAUCUUAAAACAGGCAACUAUCAUGAUCACGUCAAGAUCUGAUGAAUCUGACAAGCUCAGUAAAAUUGAAUUUGAUCGAAUUGCAGAAGUUACAGGAUUUUCUGAACAACAGGUGACAGAAUAUAUCGAAAGGUACUUCCGACAAAACGAAAGCUUCAAAAGAACUGUACUCGAACACAUCACGAAGAACGAGAAUCUUGUCAGUUUUGCUCACAUCCCUGUACUUUGCGCCCUUAUGUGUUCUUACUUCGAAUACAUUCUUAAGAAAUCAACAAGACUCGAAGAUCUUCCUGUUUCAGUUAGAAAGCUGUAUGAUGAGGUGCUAAAUAUUUUUACAACAAAUCACAUCGAAAAGAAAAUUCCCAACUUCAUCCGCAGAGAAAGCACACUAGAUGUACUCUCAAAGUUUGCGGCUGAUUCACUUUUAAAGGGAAUGUAUCUUUUCGAGGAAGAGGAAAUGAAGAGGCUGACUUCAGAAGAAAUUGUUGAAAAGUUGAGAAUAUGCGGUCUUCUUCAUUGCGGUCCUCCUUUUAAUGUGUCCUUUUCUGAAAAAACAAAAUAUUUUUGUUUUAGUCACCUAACUCUUCACGAGUAUCUAGCGGCACGUUGGUUUGUCAAAGAAAAGACGAUUCCCUUCUAUGGAAAAGUGUCCACUAUGGUAUAUCAGUUCAUAGCUGGCAUUCUCUCAAAGAGGGAAGAUAGCGUCCUCAUGGAUGAAUUGAUGAAGAAAAUUACAUUUCCUGCCAGUAGAAGGUAUCUGUUAGAAGCAAAGUGCCUCAAUGAAUAUCAAAACGAAGAGUAUGCCAAAAAACACUUGAGCAAUGCUGGUUAUAAAGAGAUAAAGUUAUCUUGCUGGAAUGGUGUGGACAUUACUGACUUCUUAUUUUUGCUUGACAUCUUUAGUUCACUUAAUGAAGACGAAACGUCUCAGUCAAACCAACAACAACCAUCUGAACCAUCCAACUGUCUUCGGGGUCUUAACGUCUACUGGUCAGUGCUGACACCCUUAAGAGUAGGACGGAUUUGCCGCUUUUUACAGUUACACGCCACUGGCUUCUCCGGCGAUCUGGGACUGACGCAUUGUGGUCUAAACGACGACCUCAUACAAUGCAUUUGCGGAAUGGUGUUUACUAAACCAUUCACUCUUUGUCUGGGUGGUAAUCAGAUCACCGAUGCUGGUGCUUCUAGUCUAAGUAAAGCUCUCAAACAAUCAACCAUGCCAUUAACUUCACUAAAGUUGGGUGGUAAUCAGAUCACCGAUGUUGGUGCUGCUAGUCUGAGUGAAGCAUUAAAACAAUCAACCUCUCAAAUAACUAUACUAAGUCUUUGUGGUAAUCAAAUCACCAAUACUGGUGCUGCCAAUCUGGGUGAAGCACUAAAAGAAUCAACCUGUCAACUAACCACACUAGAUCUGGGUAAUAAUCAGAUCAGCGAUGCUGGUGCUGCUAGUCUGAGUGAAGCACUAAAAGAAUCAACCUGUCAACUAACUAAGCUAAAUCUGGGUAAUAAUCAGAUCACUGAUGCUGGUGUUGCUAGUCUGAGUGAAGCACUAAAACAAUCAACCUGUCAACUAACCACACUAGAUCUGGGUAAUAAUCAGAUCAGCGAUGCUGGUGCUGCUAGUCUGAGUGAAGCACUAAAAGAAUCAACCUGUCAACUAACCACACUAGAUCUGGGUAAUAAUCAGAUCAGCGAUGCUGGUGUUGCUAGUCUGAGUGAAGCACUAAAACAAUCAACCUGUCACCUAAUCGAACUAAAUUUGACAGGAAAUAAGAUCACUGAUGCUGGUGCAGCUAGUUUGAGUGAAGCACUAAAACAACCAACAUGUCAACUAAAGUGCUUGGUUUGGCAAAAAAUCGGAUCACCGAUGCGAGAGCUGCUAGUAUAA